AAGGCGGAGCCAAUGGGCAGGGCGUAGGAAGCGCACGCCCGCUGGCUCACUUUUCUUGUACCCGCGGAUUCAGGAGCGUACCUGGGCCGCCGUCUAACCGCUAGUCCAGCUUGUGGGUCUGUGCUCUGCCUCCUCCAGCCUUGGCCCUGUUGGACUUCCUCCUUCGACUUCCUGCGCGGGCGGAGCCGGGCGGGAACAUGGCUACGUCGGGUCUGGAUCAUCUCAAAAAUGACUACAGAAGAAGAUUUUGUCGACCUUCCAGGGUACCUGACAUUAACACAGUGCAAGGCCAGAACAUGCUGGAAAUCUUACAAGACUGUUUUGAAGAAAAAAGUCUUACCAAUGAUUUCAGCAUAAAUUCUACAAAAUCAGUGUUUUAUUCGACACCUGAAGUGAAGGACAGUUGUAUUCAGUCCCUAAGCAAAGAGAAAUCACAUCCAAAGUCAGUUCCAGUUUCUUCAAGGAAGAAAGAAGCCCCUCUGCAAGUCAUUGUAGAACCAAGUGAAACUGCCAAUAAAUCAGUACAGGCCCAUGAAGUUCUUCAGAAAAUCCCGGCAACUGAUGUUGCCUCUAGAAAUACACCCGACUUGAAAAAAAUGUCAAAUAAAAAACUAAGUGGCCAUCCCAAUGAAGCUGAGGAAGAAUUUUAUUUAUCUGUUGGCUCGCCUGCCAUUCUUUCGGAUGCAAAAACAUCGUUAUCACAAAAUACCAUUUCAUCUCUUGCCCAAAAAAGAGAGACUUAUUCUUUUGGAAAUUCAUUAAAUAUGCUGUCUUCAAGUACAGAGAUUUCUCUUAAAACCAAAAAAAGGUUAAACUUUGAAGAUAAAGAUAUUUCGAAAAAAGUAGAAAUGAAGAAUAAAGUAUCAGAAGUAAACAAUAAAAUACCAGAAGGACCACAAGAAAGGAAGCCAUCAGAAACAUUUCAGAAAAGUGUACAGGAUUUGGAACAUGAAAUUCAACCACAAACUAAAAAGAGCUUUUCAACAUUGUUUUUAGAAACUGUAAAAAGAAAAAGUGAAUUCAGUCCCAUUGUUAGGCAUAUGGCGACUACACCACCUCAUUCAUCUCCUCCAAAUGAUGGGAAGUUGUUAGAAGAUGAAUUUAUAAUUGAUGAGUCAGAUAGAAGUUUUGCUAGUCGAUCUUGGAUUACAAUACCAAGAAAGGGUGGACCUCUGAAACAAUCCAUAGUAUCUCCUGCUGAGAGCACUACAGUCCUUCAAGGUAAGAAGUCAAGAGGAAAUCAUUGCAGUGUAUCUCCUGAGACUUUGACAAGUGACAGACAUUUGCAUAAAUCUCACCCAGAACAGAAGUUUCAACCCUGUGCUAAAAAAGUACUAUGUUCAAGUUCUGCUUUGACAGAUGAAGUGGAAAAUACAUCUACAAAACAUGAAAUAUAUUCUGAGAAUGCCAAAAAACCAUCUGGAAACAAAAGAACAAUAAAACAAAAUCAGAAAAGAAAACUUAAAGCCAACAGGGUUGAAGAACAGCUUAAUUUGGGACAGUCUAAAGAUGAAAAUAUGUCACAUUCUGCUCAAGACAAAUUACGAAAAAAUUUAGACAGAAAAGAUUGUGAAGAGACUAGAAAUGACCACAUUUCUAUAAAUCCUAGGCCAUCUGUGGGAGACAGGAAAAAAAGUAGAGGCUCCAAAGACAGUAAGGAAAAAUCUAGAAAGAAGUGUUUGUUAAGUGAAUCCAAGAAGAACAAACUUGUACCUGAAGAAGAGACCAUUACUGUCAUGAGAAGUCGUAGAAUUUCCAGGCGUCCGUCUAAUUGGUGGGUGGUAAAAUCAGAGGAGAGUCCUGUUCAUAGCAGUUCUUCAAUAAAAAAUGAAUUAUCAGUGUAUCACAACACUAGACAAAAAUCUGCUAAGAAAACAAGUCAGUCAUCUAAGAAUGCUGGGAAAAAAACCAUUCCAUCAAGAAGGCAGAAGACAGCUACGCAAGGCAGCUCAAAAGUACAGAAAUUUUUAAAUGGUAAAGGUUCUGAGAAUAUUAUCAACCAUGAAAAAAUUUCCAGUUCCCAGAACGAGCCAUUGGAAAGUGACAAAGCUAACCUGGCUAAGAAGAAGAAUCUUAAUCGUUCUGGAACAACAGGGUGUUACAAGGAUCAGCGUGGUAUUAUGACUGCACAAAAUGUUCAUUUAAAAUCUCAGACCAGUGACCCUAAUUGCAAGACACCAACAGAGUCUGAUUUGGAUUCUGGAGAGCCUAAAACUUCAGUUUUAGAAGAAAGUGGACCAUCCAGGCUAAAGAACUGCUUAAUGGCUGGGAAGAAGAAUUCUGAUGUGGGUGAUGAGGAAGUUCAGGAAAGUUUAGAUGACUCAAGACUGAAAAGAUCUAAAGUAGCACCAGAGAAGAAGAUACAUCACAAAUUAAUUUUGCCCUCCAACACACCAAAUGUCCGCAGGACCAAGAGAAUACGAUUGAAACCUUUGGAAUACUGGCGAGGGGAGCGAAUAGAUUAUCAAGAAACACCAUCAGGAGGAUUUGUGAUUGGUGGAAUACUGUCCCCAGAUACAGUAUCAUGUAAAAGAAAGGCAAAAGGAAACAUGGGAAGAGUCAACCGAGUAACUAAUAGGAAAAGGAUCUGUCUUGAUAAUGAUGAAAGAAAGAAUAGAUUAGUAGUAAAUUUGGAUAUACCUCUAGGAGAUCCUUUGCAGCCAACACUGGUAAAGGACCCAGAAACAAGAGAGAAUGUUCUCAUGGAUCUUAUAAGGCCACGAGAUACAUAUCAGUUUUUUGUGGAACAUGGCGAGUUGAAAGUAUUUAAAACUUUGGAUACACCUUUUUUUUCUACUGGGAAAUUGAUAUUAGGACCCUAUGAAGAAAAGGGAAAGCAGCAUGUUGGCCAUGAUAUAUUAGUCUUUUAUGUUGACUUUGGUGACCUUUUGUGUACUUUACAUGAAUCACCUUACAUAAUAACUACUGGGGAUUCUUUCUAUGUUCCUUCAGGUAAUUAUUACAACAUUCGAAAUCUCCUGGAUGAGGAAAGUAUUCUUCUUUUUACUCAGAUUAAGAGAUGAAAGAUGAAACAAGUUUACAUAUGUGUGGGUGUUUAUGUAUAUGUGUAUAAAGUAUACAUAUAUACACAUGUAUAAAGCAGCUUGUAUAGUUGACACUUAUUUUUCUAAUUGUACUAUUUUAAAAUAAAAAUUUUAUUCAGCUUUGUGUAAAUGUGUAUUAGGUAAACAUUUUGUACUCCCAUGUGGGGGGGACCUCUCUGCCACAUCCCUCGUGGAUGAGAAAAGGGUUAACUGCCAGAGGAGAAUCUUGGCUGUAUAUCACUCAAUUACCCAAAAACAUCUUCUCCAUAAACACAUAAGAGCCAAUACUCUUUAAAUGAGAGGGGCCAUGAUGGGUCUGGCCAUACCAGCUUGGUCUCUUAACAACAACAACCUGGAGUAGCCCAGCUCUCUUUUAUUUAUAGACACACAGGUAAAGGGUCAAGGACCAGGAGGAACUUAUUCUGUGAUGGACAGUAUAGAGUGGAGUUAGGGAAGCCAUUCUCUCAGGGAAACUAGACAGGGAACUGUCUGAUUCUGCUAGAUAAGGAUGGCUUCCUACACUCCCACAUGUAUCUUCAAAUUUUUCUGUGAAUACACAUAUCACCUAUAGUGAUAUUAUUUUAAUAAUAUGAAAAGAAUACCAAAAUCACUGCUCCUGCAAUGAAUAGAGGACACAUAUUUUUACCAGAAGAGAUCCGAUUAAUAUGUCUGUUGAUUUAAAAUUAUUUUUGCCAAAUUUUACUUUUGAACUAUUGAGCAUUAAUCUAGAGAACUGUGGUUUAUUGUACAUCUGUAUUUGUUUCUAGGACUUCUGCCACAAAUUAUCACAAACUGAGUGACUUAAAGCAACAGAAAUUUGUUGUCUUAGUUUUGGAGGCUUGAAGUCUGAAAUUAAGGUGUUGUCAGGGCCACAAUGUCUCAGAAACCUGGAGAAAGAAUCGUUCCCUCUUUCUAAUUUCUGUUGGUUUGCUGGCAAUCUUUUGUAUUCCUUGACUUGCGCCUACAACACUUCAGUUCCCUGCCUGCAUUGUCAAAUGAUAUUCUUACUUGGCAUGUCUUUGUCCUCAAAUGACAUUUGUUUAAUUAUUACAAUUCAAACUUUUCUUCCAUCUUGUUUCUGUUUGUAUUUUCUGCUGGAGGUGGUGUCCUGUGCCAUUGCUUUCUGCAUGUGACCUCCAUACCCACCUUUAAUAUUAAAAGGAAAUGCUUUAGGAAACAAAUCUGUGUUGACAAGUUGAAUUUGAAGGGUUUUUUUUGGGGGGGGAGCUAUAAAUAUAUAUUAUGAUUGUCAGUUCUAAAGAAGUUCAUAUUUCAUAUAAAUUAUCUUUAGGCUGACCCUCUUCAUGCUUCUUUAAAGUUAAAUGUACAUACACAUUGAAAACAGUAUUGGGGUCUGGCUUCUGAGAUGGAAUGAGGUAUGAUAGACUUUUUUUUUAUUGUAAACAAAUGGGAUACAUGUUGUUUCUCUGUUUGUACAUGGAGUAACAGCAUACCAUUUGCA